AUGACGUACGUGUCGGUGGCCCGCCGGGAGGUGUUGCCAAGUUCUGAGCGUGAGAAGGAGCGUGAGCAGGCCGAGUUACGGGAGCAUGGAGGUGACUCGGAGAAUGCCCCUAGAUCCACGUCACGUCAGAUGAGGAAGGAACCUUCCGAAAACUCACAUGUAGCACGCGGCGUGGAAGUAGAGGUCGAGACAGUGGCGCCGGCAACGGACCAACGAACGAUCGACGAACACAAUGAGGCAGCAGAGGCCAGGGCACUGCGGGAGCGCGCGCCUCGGGGCGCCGAGUGGCGAAGCUGCGGCUGCUCCCCGCGUGGGGCGCGCGUUUGCCGCCAGAGCCCGCCAGCGGCAGCCGGCGGGGAGCAAGCAGAUGCUAAUGUAUGGCAGCCCGGGGCGGGACCGGGCGCGGCCCCCAUUGGCCGGCGCGUGGCCGACCAGAUCACGGUGGCAGCCAGCGUUAGCGUCGGCGUCACGACGGCGGCGUCUCCGUGGCCCGGGCUGGGGCUAGCCGCGCCCGCGCCCGUCGAGCUCGAUCCCGUCUGGGGGCGCAAGCUGUACGGCCCGCCCGGCGCUGGCGCGGGAGGCGGCGUGGGCGGCCGCGGGCCGGCGGCGGGGCCGGGCCCGCCCGCGCCGGGGCUCGUCUUCGGGCUGCACCACCACCACCAGGACGCCACGCUCAAGGAGGAGCCGCUGCCCGCCGCGCGCUCCUGGGCGCUGCAGCCGCCCGUCGACCAGAGCAGAUCAAUUAUGCGAAUGUAG